UAUAAGCCAAACCUCGCCUUCCCUUUCUGGUCUACUUGUCAAUCUGCAGCCAAUAACCAUGCCCCCACCACAAUUCACGACGGCGUCUACCAUGCUCCGCCAGCGAUUAGCAUCCUCUCUCAGGACACGCGGAGGCGCCGCGGCGAGUCACAGUCGGUGGACAUCUCCUGGCCACGAGGAGAGGCCCAAGGGUUACCUAUUUAACCGGACUCCACUGCCAGCUGGGCAGUCCCGCAAGUGGGAGGACUGGGAGCUCCCCUGCUACAUCACCAGCUUCCUGACCAUUGUGAUUCUCGGUGUUGGGUUGAAUGCUAAGCCCGAUCUGUCCAUCGAGACCUGGGCGCACCAGAAGGCCCUUGAACGCCUUGAGAUGGAGAAACUUGGUCUCUCUGGUUCUGGAGAAUCGGAGUAGAAUCAUGAUCUGGGGUGACAAAGUUCCUUCCCACAACUGUGCAGUAGCCAAAGAUGGAUCUCCUGUCAUCUGAGAGAUUCUGCCCAAUCUGCAUCUGUAAAAGCUUCAACUCGGAGGUGAUUAUGUUUGGAGUAAAGAAGUCUUUUUCCUGACGCAAACUUUAGGUAUCUCAAGACGCGAAGUACAACCUGCAUAUGAAUCUCGCGAGGGUCAUGCAUGAAUUGCCUGACUAAGUUAAUAACAUAGGCUAUAUCCGGUCGAGUUUGUAAGAGAUAAAUCAACCUCCCUACCAAUCUCUUUUCAAUAUCUAUGGACUCAUCAAUUUCUGCUUGCAUCUUGUGAUUACCUUGAUUUACAUUGUAACAUAUCAGUUUCUUCCAAAAGAUUCAAAAUGUACUUUCUUUGGGAGAUAAAGAUCCCUUUUUAUGAUUUAGCCACCUCA